UUGGCAGCGGUUGCUGGGUUUUGAGGGGUUUCCUCUUUGGCCGCCCUUGAGCUGGCGGUUCUGGCGGUGGCUGCAGGGUCCUGCUGCGUGGCGGUCGCAUGCAGCUCCUAUGAGGUCCCUGUCGCCGGUCGGCGAUGUCCGGCUGGAGCUGUCGCCGCCGCCGCUGCCCCUGCCGGCUGUGAGCGGGUCUCCGGUCGGGUCUUCCGGGCGUCUCAUGGCCGCUAGCAGCUCCCUGGUGCCCGACCGGCUGCGCCUGCCGCUUUGCUUCCUCGGCGUCUUUGUCUGCUAUUUCUACUAUGGGAUCCUGCAGGAAAAGAUAACAAGAGGAAAGUAUGGGGAGGGAGCCAAGCAGGAGACAUUCACUUUUGCCUUAACUUUGGUCUUCAUCCAAUGUGCGAUCAAUGCUGUGUUUGCCAAGAUCUUGAUCCAGUGUUUUGACACUGCCAGGGUGGAUCGUACUCAGAGCUGGCUCUAUGCUGCCUGUUCUGUCUCCUAUCUGGGUGCCAUGGUCUCCAGCAACUCAGCACUACAGUUUGUCAACUACCCAACUCAGGUCCUUGGUAAAUCCUGCAAGCCAAUCCCAGUCAUGCUCCUUGGAGUGACCCUUUUGAAGAAGAAGUACCCAAUGGCCAAGUACCUGUGUGUGUUGCUAAUUGUGGCUGGAGUGGCCCUCUUCAUGUACAAGCCCAAGAAAGUAGUUGGGAUGGAAGAACACACAGUUGGCUAUGGAGAGCUGCUCCUGCUAUUGUCUCUGACCCUGGAUGGACUGACAGGAGUUUCCCAGGACCACAUGCGGGCUCAUUACCAAACAGGCUCCAACCACAUGAUGUUGAACGUCAACCUUUGGUCGACAUUGCUGCUGGGAGCUGGAAUCCUGUUCACUGGAGAGCUCUGGGAGUUCUUGAGCUUUGCCGAAAGGUACCCUAUCAUCAUCUAUAACAUCCUGCUCUUUGGCCUGACCAGUGCCCUGGGUCAGAGCUUCAUCUUCAUGACAGUUGUGUAUUUUGGUCCCCUGACCUGCUCCAUUAUCACCACAACUCGAAAGUUCUUCACCAUUUUGGCCUCUGUGAUCCUCUUCGCCAACCCCAUCAGCCCCAUGCAGUGGGUGGGCACUGUGCUUGUGUUCUUGGGUCUCGGUCUUGAUGCCAAGUUUGGGAAGGGGACCAAGAAGACAUCCCACUAGGAAGAGAGAGACUACCUCCACUCCAAGAAUAUUUAAGUUAUUAUCUCCAACAGUGACAUCUCUUGGGGAAAUGGACACAAUAGGGAUGAGGGACUGUAUUCCAGUCUUUUUUUUUAAAGGAAGCAAAAUCACAUAUUCUAAAAAAAGGACUUGGAUUUUAACAAGACAGAGUUGGCAGUUUCUGUUCUUGGUGACCUGGAGCACAACCUAGUGCAAGUAAAGAGAGAAAGAGAGAGGGAAGAGGCGGAACUCGCUGCUCAUUGCCCAAGCUGCUCCCUCUGGGGUGUGGCCAGUUUGGUUGGAUGGCUAAUUCCCCAAGAGCCUAAGCAUUAUAGGGAGGAACUUGGAUAGACUGUGUAGUUAUGCUUGCAGCCUCUGUUCCCACAGGUGAGGGUCUAAAUAUGCCAGGACAGGUAGCUGGCUGUUAGAGCCAGAGAAUGUGAAAAUCACUUUCUCUCUUAAAGCUCUGGUGGGUUAAUAUUUCUUUAAAAACUACAGGCAUAUUCUCUCCUCAAGAAACUUCCCUUGAGGUUGGGAUAAAUGAGCCCAAGCCAGAGUCUGUUGUGUUUUCACAUUUCCCCACUGCCUCCCCUUCAGCCAAAACUCACCCAACGGCCCAAGUGGACCCAGUGUAUAUGUCAUGAGCGGCUUUCGAAGGUCUGAUUCCCUCCCUCCAUCUCUGUGUCUGUUCUCUGUCUACCCAGCCCCCUCCUGGGGAGGCUAGGCUAUUCCUCUGCCCCCUUCAGCUACUGAAGCCUUGCAGUCCUCUGCCAUCCUGGCUGUGCCAUGGUGUCACCAUGCCAGCCUCUGCCAGUUGAAAGGCAUGCUGGUGGAAGGCAUGGCGGCUGAGUCCUGGCGUAGAGCCACUGUUGAGUUUUCUGGGUGGCAAUGGGGGGAGAAGGCGGAGCAUGGAGCAGAGCCACCUGCCCACUGCUGCCUUCAGAGCUGGAAGUCGCAAUCCUCCACGGACCAAACUUUACACAUGAAAGUGCAUUUCCACCAGCUGCAACUUUCCCUCCAUCUGUUCAGCAGCCCCAGCCUUGGCUGUCCAGAUGGGAGCGCAGCCUCCUUCCUGAGCGGCUGCCUUACCACCCCCCGCCCAGCCUUUCAAGCCCUGCCUCACUUGCACUCAUCUCACUCUCCAGGGGCCCAGGUGUCACUGCAGCUCUGCCCCUAAAGGCCUCCUCUCAUUUUGAGCUCCUUGAAAGAAGAGGUUUUAAGUACCUGUGGCUGAACUUCCUUCCUUUCUCCACCCUUUUUCCCUCAGAUGUUUUCAUCCUGAAGGCUGCAUCAAUUAGCUCCUUACCUACUGGCCUGAUAGUUCUCCCACACUGUCUCCUGUGGAUUAGUUAGGUGGUCAGAACAUGUUGCCAGGGCCGGGGCCUACAGGCAGUCCACAUCUGGGCCUAUGCUUUUAAUGAGACAUUUUUCAGCUAUCAGACCAGUCCCCUCCACCUCUACCCCCUGCCAUUCCCAACUAAUGCCUGAUGCUAGUCACCAAGAGCAGGACAGAAUUUUCAAUGGCUCAGCUUGGCUCUCACCUGAUACUAGAGCAAGCCUGUCCCACCCGCGGUGGUGGUCUAGGAGCGCAGUUCUGGUAUAUUCAUUUAGUCUCCUGUCCAUUCAUCUAACACUGCCUUCUGUGUUCCAUGUACUGUGAACAUGCUGGGAAUUCAAAGUUGAGUAGGACCUGUGUGUACCCUCUAGGGGCUUGGCACUCUAAUCGGGAGACCGAUAGACGAGUCACUGCAUCUCAGAAAUGCAGGGCUAACAACGAAGGAAGUUGUCUGGGCAAGGUGAGGCUUGAGCUGGAGAGAGUGGGAAGAUGAAAGGAGGAGAGAAUAGAGCUGUGGCUCCACCACCAAGUGGGAAGUGGGGUUUUAAACUACCUGGCUUGUCCCCAUUCUCCUGCCUCCAGUCAGUCAAGUGAGAGCACAGGGACGGAAGAGUGGCUCUGCAGUGAGGCAUCGCUCAGCUCAAUUGGAAGAUAUUUAAAAAUGUGUAGGCCCCCAGUUUGCUCGGGGUGGCAUCCUUACCUAUGGGAUCAGAGGAGCUGAGAGUGCCAAGUGAGACUAAAGUCAGUAAGACUGUUAGGUUAUAAUAGGGCUGAUAAAUGGGAAAUACCAGACAAGUUCAAACAAAAGUGUUGUUGAUCGCUAACCCUGGGCAGCCUGAUGCCUCAGGUUUCUAAACAUCAAAGGACUUCCAUGUGCAGCUAAUUCGCAGCUAUGUGCAGAAGGGAGGGAAACAGCACACUUUCUCCCAAGCACUAUGUUUUUAGUUUGGGUGUAUUGUACUUACGUCUAUUUUGGUCAAACCAUCAGGUCCACCUCAGCUGUUUGUGCUAAGGCUCAUGGUAGAGUGGUUUUUCCAUUUCCUGUCCACCUCUUAGCCUAGGACAAGGGGAGUGACCCACAAAUGUGAUUUGGGAUAAAACUAUAGGGAAAGCUAUUCUGGAAUUGAACAUUAAAAGGCAGCAGAGUUA